AUGGGGAAGUAUCUGAACAUCCGAGUAUUGUUUCUUUUCCGCGCUCGAGCUCUUUCUUGUAAAAGCUUUCAGUUAACGAUUUGCAGUAAGAUCGUAUUGGUUUCAAGACUCAAAAGAGACUUUGAAGAUUUAGAUUUCCAUUUGUUUCCUGCUGAAAUUGAAAGAUUUCAACUCCGCAUCUUAUCGAUCGGAACUGCAGAAUAUUUCAUCGGAAGCGCAAUUGAGAAAUUUUUGCAGGUUGCAAUCAAGAAACAGCAGGAGCGGUGGUUGAGGUUUGAAGCUGCAGAAAGAAGUUCACAGAAGCAAGAAGAGGCAAAACCGAGUACGUCAUGGGGCCCACUGGAUUCGGUACCAGUGGAGUUGAAAGCCGAUAAACCCGAUAUACAGCCCAUCAUAUGUGACCAUUCCAACUAUCGUUACGACCUCUGCUCCCUCAACCGUCAAACCGUCUUGGAACCAACUACCAAUACCCUCUUCGUAUCGGGUUCGGAUAAUCAAAACCCGAAAAACCAACCCACACAGGAAAAGAUCCGUCCCUACCCUCGCAAAUGGGAGAAGAGCGUCAUGACCCGAAUCACAGAACUCACCGUCACCUCUGCUUCCGCAUCCACCCCCGCUCCCGCCUGCAAAUUCCGUCACUCCGCUCCGGCACUCAUAUUCAGCGCCGGCGGUUACACCGGAAACUUCUUCCAUGACUUCAACGAUGGGUUCAUCCCCCUCUUCGUCACCUCCCGCUCCAUCUCAUCUAAUCAGGACAUCGUCCUUGUCGUUUCCCAUUGCGAUGACUGGUGGAUCAAUAAGUAUGCUGAGCUGCUUCAGCAAUUCAGCCGCCACCCAAUCGUCAAUCUCGAUCGCGCCACCGAUACCCACUGCUUCCCAUCGGCCACGGUGGGGCUUAUAUCUCAAGGUUUCAUGACUAUCGAGCCCUCAUUGUUACCACACUCGGAAACGUUCCUUGAUUUCCGAGCAGUUAUCGGAGAUGCCUACAGGGAUAUACCAGUCUAUUUCCGCCGCCCAUCAAUAGGCCGCCGACCCCGUCUAGUGUUGGCGGCACGGAAUGGUGGUGUUGGGCGAGUGAUACUGAACCAGGCUGAAGUUGUACAGGUAGCAGAGGCUGUGGGAUUUGAAGUGAUACUCUUUGAGCCCAAUCUUUAUUCGUCUCUGAGCCAGGCUUAUGGGUUGAUCAAUGGUAGCCAUGCAAUGCUUGGGGUACACGGUGCAGCGCUUACCCACUCUCUGUUCCUCCGGCCGGGUUCGGUGUUGAUUCAGGUGGUGCCGAUAGGAAUUGAUUGGCUUGCAGAGACAUGCUUUGGGAAAUCAUCAAGGGAUAUGGGUUUGGAGUACGUGGAAUAUAAGAUAGAGCAGGAAGAGAGCAGUUUAAUAGAGAGGUAUGGAAAGGAUCAUUUGGUGCUUACAGACCCUAAAGCUGUGGUGAAGGAGGAUUGGUUCAACAUCAAGAAGAUCUAUUUGCAGGGCCAGGAUGUUAAACUGGAUUUGGUUAGGAUCCAAAGUUACUUACAAAAGGCCUAUGAGAAGGCUAAAAGAUUCAUGGCGAAAGAUGAUUAUUAG